UCUCAGUGUGUAGAUAUGUCUACUGCCAGCUGUCUGCGAUCUGAAGAUCAGUUUCUGUGCUCCAUCUGUCUGGAUGUGUUCACUGAUCCAGUCACCACAUCAUGUGGACACAACUUCUGUAAAAACUGCAUCACUGAACACUGGAACAGUAAUGACCAGUACCUGUGUCCCAUCUGUAAGGAAGUUUUUAUCACAAGACCUGAGCUGCAUGUCAAUACUUUGCUCUCUGGGAUGGUUUCUCAGUUCAGACAGGAAUCUCGACAGGAAGCCAGCAGCAAGGCUGAAAUUCAGCAGAUGAUCCAGAAGAGACGACUGAAGAUUCAAGAGAUCAAACACUCGGUUGACCUCAGUAAGAAGGAUGCAGACAGAGAGAUAGCAGAAGGUGUUCGGGUCUUCAAUGUUCUGAAGGAGUCUAUUAAGAGAGGCGAGGAAAUUGUCAAAACAAUCAAAGAGAGGCAGAAAACGACAGAGAAACAGGCUGACGUCUUCAUCAAAGAGCUGGAACAGGAAAUCUCUAAGCUGAUGAAGAGAAGCUCUGAGGUGAAGCAGCUCUCACGCUCUGAAGACCACCUCCACCUCCUCCAAAACAUCCCAUCCCUGAAAGCUGCUCUACCCACCAAAGACUGGACAGAGGUCAGCGUCCGUCCACCAUCAUAUGAGGGGACUGUGGUGAAAGCUGUGGCUCAGGUGGACAAGACGCUCAGCAAAGAGAUGAGGAAGCUGUUCACUGAGGCUGAGCUGAAGAGGGUCCAGCAGUAUGCAGUGGAUGUGACUCUUGAUCCUGAUACAGCACAUCCUAAACUCAUCUUGUCUGGUGAUGGAAAGAAAGUAAAUCAUGGUGAUGCGAAGAAGAAUCUCCCAGACAACCCAAAGAGAUUUACACGUUAUGCAAAUGUUUUAGGAAAGCAGAGUUUCUCUUCAGGCAGAUUUUACUUUGAGGUUCAGGUUAAAGGGAAGACUGACUGGACUUUAGGAGUGGCCAGAGAGUCGAUCAACAGGAAGGGAGAAAUCCCACUGAGCCCUCAGAAUGGUUACUGGUGUAUAUGGUUAAGAAAUGCCAGUGUGUACGAAGCUCUUACUGGUGUUUUAAUUGAUCUCUCUCUGAAGUCUCAGCCUCAGAAGGUGGGGGUGUUUGUGGAUUAUGAGGAGGGUCUGGUCUCCUUUUAUGACGUAGAUGCUGCAGCUCUUAUCUACUCCUUUACUGGCUGCUCCUUCACUGAGAAACUCUACCCAUACUUCAGUCCCUGUCUGAAUGAUGGUGGUAAAAACUCCGCCCCUCUGAUCAUCUGUCCUGUCAAUCAAACUGCCUGA